AUGCAUUUCUCUCCAGUGAUCUUCACUGCCCUAACGCUCCUCAGCUCCUGUACUUUGACAACCCUUGCUGCGCCAACAGACGUGGCGAACGCAACCGAAGCAACAGAGGACCUUGGUACCAGUCCCGUCGACGAAGGUCCACUUGCCAAAGACGAUGUGAAGAAGGCGGAGCAGCGAGGUGCUGGUGCGACUACUAUGGCGCGUUCCACUGUGAUGAUCGGCGAUGCCGAGAGUACUGUGGAUGUGCUCGGUGUCUUUGAAAAGGUUGUUAGUGCCAAUGCUUCCAAGUAUUGGUUUAGUGUCACAGUGGUCUGUAGUAAGGGAAUGAUGAAGUUCCGGGGUUUGUGA